AGCUCCAUCAGCCCCUUCCUCCUGCUGGCAUUGGCAGACACGCGGCAGCUGCAGCUCCUGCACUUCUGCCUCUUCCUGGGCAUCUCCCUGGCUGCCCUCCUGGGCAACGGCCUCAUCAUCAGCACCAGAGCCUGCGGCCAGCACCUGCACAGCCCCAUGUUCUUCUUCCUGCUCAGCCUGGCCCUCCCCGACCUGGGCUCCAUCUGCACCACUGUCCCCAAGGCCAUGCACAAUUCCCUCUGGGGCACCAGGCACAUCUCCUACUCAGCAUGUGCUGCUCAGAUCUUCAGGGCCGUGCUGAGGAUCCCCUCUGAGCAGGGCCGGCACAAAGCCUUUUCCACAUGCCUCCCUCACCUGGCCGUGCUCUCUCUGUUCCUCAGCACUGUUAUGUUUGCCCACCUGAAGCCCCCCUCCAUCUCGUCCCCAUCCCUGGAUGUGGCCCUGUCAGUUCUGUACUCAGUGGUGCCUCCAGCCCUGAACCCUCUCAUCUACAGCCUGAGGAACCAGGAGCUCAAGGAGGCCCUGAGUAAACUGAUGACUGGAUACUUUUCAGAAGCAAAGAAGUGCCUGUUUUCUGCUGCAUAGUUUUCAGAAUGGAACUCAUGACUGGCCCAGUCUGCCUUCUCAGGUCUUUGGUGGUGGUCAAUGGCUUCUUCUCGCCAUAAUUUUGUGCUCAGUGAAAUGUUUUUAUUCAUCCCUCAUCUAAUUCCCUCUCUGCUUCUUGAAUUUGAUUCAGAAACUCUGUAAACUCUGUAAAAUCUGUAAAAUUUGUGCUAUUGCUAUAUUUAAACAAAAUUAACUACC